GAGUUGUAGUGGCAGGCUCACAGGCGUACUACAGUUGCUCGCCACCUCAACCAUGGCUUUAAUAAUGAGGGUACUUCAAUUGUCUCUACUCCUUGAUGUUGGGUGUCAAGUGUAUGCUUACAGGAUCGGAUAUGCUGAGCCGGAGAUGCCUACGUAUGGGCUGCAGCAGCCUCCUAGCUACAAGCCAGAGCAACCUCCUAGCUACAAGCCAGAGCAACCUCCUAGCUACAAGCCCCACCCCCAGCAGCAGCAUCCUAGCGACAAGCCCCAGCAGCAGCAUCCUAGCUACAAGCCGCAGCCCCAGCAGCAGCAACAUCCUAGCUACAAGCCCCAGCAGCAGCAACAUCCUAGCUACAAGCCCCAGCAGCAGCAGCAACAUCCCAGCUACAAGCCCCAGCAGCAGCAGCAACAUCCCAUUUACAAGCCCCAGCAGCAGCAACAGCCUAGCUACAAGCCCCAGCAGCAGCCCCAGCAGCCUUCUAGCUACAAGCCCCAGCAGCCUUCUAUCUACAAGCCCCAGCAGCCUUCUAGCUACAAGCCACAGGAGCCUAGCUACGACCAGCAGCAUCCUAGCUACAAGCCCCAGCAGCCGCAGCAGCAGCAGGAGCAGCAGCAGCAUCCUAGCGACAAGCCCCAGCAGCAGCAUCCUAGCGACAAGCCCCAGCAGCAGCAGCCUAGCUACAAGCCCCAGCAGCAGCAUCCUAGCUACAAGCCCCAGCAGCAGCAGCAGCAACAUCCUAGCUACAAGCCCCAGCAGCAGCAGCAACAUCCUAGCUACAAGCCCCAGCAGCAGCAGCAACAUCCUAGCUACAAUCCCCAGCCCCAGCAGCAGCAACAUCCUAGCUACAAGCCCCAGCAGCAACAUCCUAGCUACAAGCCCCAGCAGGAGCAACAUCCUAGCUACAAGCCUCAGCAGCAGCAGCAGCAACAUCCUAGCUACAAGCCCCAUCAGCAGCAGCAACAUCCUAGCUACAAGCCCCAGCAGCAGCAACAUCCUAGCUACAAGCCCCAGAAGCCUUCUAGCUACAAGCCACAGGAGCCUAGCUACGACCAGCAACAGCCCCAGCAGCAGCAUCCUAGCGACAAACCCCAGCAGCAACAUCCUAGCUACAAGCCCCAGCAGCAACAUCCCAUUUACAAGCCCCAUCAGCCUUCUAGCUACAAGCCACAGGAGCCUAGCUACGACCAGCAACAGCCGCAGCAUCCUAGCGACAAGCCCCAGCAGCAGCAGCAGCAGCGGCAUCCUAGCGACAAGCCCCAGCAGCAGCAGCAGCAGCAUCCUAGUGACAAGCCCCAGCAGCAGCAACAUCCCAGCUACAAGCCCCAGCAGCAGCAACAUCCCAGCUACAAGCCCCAGCAGCAGCAGCAACAUCCCAGCUACAAGCCCCAGCAGCAGCAGCAACAUCCCAUUUACAAGCCCCAGCAGCAGCAACAUCCCACUUACAAGCCCCAGCAGCAGCAGCAGCAACAUCCUAGCUACAAGCCCCAGCAGCAGCAGCAACAUCCCAUUUACAAGCCCCAGCAGCAGCAGCAGCAACAUCCCACUUACAAGCCCCAGCCCCAGCAGCAGCAGCAACAUCCUAGCUACAAGCCCCAGCAGCAGCAGCAACAACAUCCCAUUUACAAGCCCCAGCAGCAGCAACAUCCCAUUUAUAAGCCCCAGCAGCCUAGCUACAAGCCCCAGCAGCAGCAGCAGCAGCAACAUCCUAGCUACAAGCCCCAGCAGCAGCAACAACAUCCCAUUUACAAGCCCCAGCAGCAGCAACAUCCCAUUUAUAAGCCCCAGCAGCCUAGCUACAAGCCCCAGCAGCAGCAACAUCCUAGCUACAAGCAGUAACUCAGAAGUUUGCAUUCUGUACCUUUGCUUCAUUGAAAAUUCCAUCAAAUCCUUCAAUGAUAUAAAGUUCUCAAUUGUGUUCCUGCCAUGACAUGGUUCUACUGUCCAAAUUUGACAAAAGAAUAAAAAUAUCACUUUUAAAUGGUC